AUGGCUGGAGAUGUGGUGAUGCGUCUUUGUGAUGACAUAAAACACAAAAAUCACAAGGUGUUUUUUGAUAACUUCUUCUGCAGCAUUCCACUCAUAGAAGCCUUGAAAGACCAAGGCAUCUACGGCACUGGUACAUGCAGGGCAAACCGGCUGAAGGGAGCAAAUCAGAAACUGAAGAGUCAAAAACAACUGAAAGAAAUGGGCAGAGGAGCUUGCUCUGUUGUCAGCAAUAAUGCAAACAUCACUGUCACACGUUGGCUCGACAGUUCAGUCGUUCACAUGGUCUCGUCCUGUGCUGGCCAGUCCCCUGAAGAUGUUGCCAACCGAUGGGUGAAGAAGGAUAAAACAAUGAUGAUGGUCCAAAAACCCUUCUCUGUGGCUCUUUACAAUCAACACAUGGGUGGGGUUGAUCUUGUUGACCAAUGUCUCGCAAUGUACCCCCACAGACGUCGAAACAAGAGGUGGUACAUCCGAGUGUUUUUUCAUUUUUUGGAUGUGACCAUUGUAAAUGCCUGGCGCCUCUACCUGAUGUCUGGUUUGGAAAAGAUGAGACUCCUCCUCUUCAAAGCUUCUGUGGCUCGUGCACUGAUAAAUAGUGGCACCCUCCAGCAAAACAAAAGAGGAAGACCCAUUGAGACCCCACAACCCGUGAAGCGGAAAGCAGUCACCAGAGUAGCACGUGAGGUCUAA